UCCUUCCCUCUUAGUGUUUGGUUGGCCUACUAUAUAUAUAAAGAUCACCGGGAGUUUCCUAAAAUUCACAUUCAGUGACUUAUACUGAACAAUGGUUAACAUGAGCUAUCAGCAAUCUCAACUAAAAUACAUACAUACUCCAAACCCUAGACAGUCGAAAAAGCGAAAUAAUAAAAGGAAAAGGACUUUUUGGGACAAAUUAUCUCCGACCACACACCAACAGACUUGAUUAACGGGCGAUUUUAAAAUAGAAGGUUCAGUGUGUACCUGUGUGGAAGCAUAUCUGCGUUGCGACUGUGUGGUGAGAUGACUGCGGAGUGGCUGCACUUGCCCCCACCGUAUCCCCCAGGUGUGGGGCCGUUGUGUGGCGCAGAGCUGGAGGCGUGGUACGAAGACCUGCAGGAUAUCCUGGGCUCUGACACGGGUGGGGCCAAACAUGCCCGCGCCCCACCUGGUCCUGAGAAGGAGCCAGAGUUUCUGGAUGUCCUUGAAAGCUGCUCUCUCACCUGGCUUACAGAUGGCCAGGUGUGGGGUGAGGGGGUCCAGCAAGUUGUCGAGGAAGAACCCCAGCAACUGCCCAGUCAUGGCUCCUCCUCAGGUUUAAGCCCCCCUGUUGGGGGAGGUGGUGGUGGAGGAGGAGGUGGGAGCGGGAGCGGGGGCGGGGGUGCAAGUGGAGAUCUGUUGCCACCAGAGUUCUUUGAGUUGUUGAGUGAAGGCGGGGUUGGCUUGAUGGAAGCAGGGGCAGUGGAGGUGAGCAGUGGUUACCUGCCAAGCCAGCAGCCUCCUUCCCCUUCUGCAAGUGAAGAGGAGCUGCCUUCUGCUCAUGAUGACUCCUCCUGUUCUUCCUCCUCUGCUUCUCAGUCCCCCACCUUAAACAGCUCUCCUCCUCCCUCUCCUCGCUCCCCACCUGCUGUUCUUCCACCACGGCUGGGAAAACGCAAGAGAUGCACGGAGAAAGGUGGGGUCAUCUCCAGCACCUCGGCCUCCAGGUCCUCUACUUCAGCAAAGAAGAGCAGGAGAGAGAGGGAACAGGAGAAUGAAAGGAAGGUGCAGGAGCUGACUGAUCAGAACGAGCGACUGAAAGCAGAGAUUGAGAGAUUGGGAGAGGAAGUGCAGAGAACACGGCGAGCCCUCAUUGAGAGACUGGUCAACACUCGAAAGUGAGGGUGCGGGGCGGUGCAGAAGGGAGCGUGUGGAGAGGUAGGGUAGUUUAACAUCGUGAUUGUGGCGUGGAUGGUUAGGGAAGGUCGAGGACAAUAACAGGGAGAUUCACAUGGAUU